CUGGAAAUAAAACACACUACUUUGCCAGAUACAGUGCGGCUGCACUUAAGUUAUAGUGUUCUGUUUGUCUGUUGGUGUCGAAUUGCGCCGCCGGGGGAUAAUCAAUGGAGUCACUGUUAGUCUCUUCCUCAACCUCUUCGUCAAUCUCCCUCACCAUUUUCUCUCCGUCCAAACACGCCCUAAUUCUUCCUAAACCCCAAAACCUCUCCUUCUCUUCCCCUAACUCCACUGCUCGCCUAGCAUUGCUCACCUGCGCCGCGCAGCAGAUGAAUAACUCUCCACCACCUUCUACGGCGGCUGCAAAGGAGGUGAAAUUAUGGGGCGGCCGUUUCGAGGAGAGUGUUACAGAUGCCGUUGAGAAGUUCACUGAGUCCAUUUCUUUUGAUAAGGCUUUAUAUAAACAGGAUAUUAUGGGUAGUAAAGCUCACGCCUCUAUGCUCGCUAAACAGGGAUUGAUGAGUGAUAGUGAUAGAGAUACUAUCCUAAAAGGUCUUGAUGAGAUAGAGAGGCAAAUUGAGGCAGGUGAAUUCUUGUGGAGGACGGAUAGAGAGGAUGUGCAUAUGAACAUUGAAGCAGCACUUACUGAUUUAGUUGGUGAACCUGCCAAAAAGCUUCACACUGCUCGGAGUAGAAACGAUCAAGUUGCAACUGACUUUCGCUUGUGGUGCCGUGAUGCUAUUGACAGCAUCAUUUCACGCAUUAAGAAUCUUCAGACGGCACUGGUUAAACUAGCUCUCCAGAAUGAGGGUCUUAUUGUUCCUGGAUAUACUCAUCUGCAAAGGGCACAACCUGUUCUGUUGCAACACCUUCUCUUAGCAUACGUUGAACAGCUUGAGCGUGACGCUGGCCGUUUGUUAGAUUGUAGAACAAGGCUGAAUUUCUGCCCUCUAGGUGCAUGUGCAUUAGCUGGUACUGGUCUUCCCAUUGAUAGGUUUAUGACUUCUGAUGCAUUGGGAUUCGCUGCGCCCAUGAGGAACAGCAUUGAUGCAGUGUCCGAUCGAGAUUUUGUGCUGGAGCUUCUUUCUGCUAAUUCCAUCACUGCUGUCCAUCUCUCUCGCCUGGGUGAAGAAUGGGUAUUAUGGGCAUCUGAAGAAUUUGGCUUCUUGACCCCUAGUGAUUCUGUUUCCACUGGAAGCAGUAUAAUGCCUCAAAAGAAGAACCCAGAUCCAAUGGAGCUUGUUCGUGGAAAAUCUGCUAGAGUCAUAGGGGACUUGGUUUCACUUCUUGUGUUGUGCAAGGGACUUCCUCAUGCGUACAACCGGGAUUUGCAGGAAGAUAAGGAGCCCGUAUUUGACAGUGUCAAGACAAUAGUUGGGAUGCUUGAGGUCUCAGCAGAGUUUGCACAGAAUGUUGCCUUUAACCGAGAGAGAAUACAAAAGGCUCUACCGGCUGGUCAUCUUGAUGCCACUACGCUCGCUGAUUACCUUGUGAAAAAGGGAAUACCUUUCAGAACUUCUCAUGACAUAGUUGGGAGGUCUGUCGCUUUGUGUGUUUCCAGAAACUGUGAGCUUCAAGACCUUAGCCUUGACGAGUUGAACAGUCUAAGUCCGGUAUUUGACAAGGAUGUCUACGAGUUUCUGGGGGUUGAAAAUUCAAUAAAGAAAUUCAGAUCAUAUGGCUCCACUGGUUCAGAAUGCGUUGCUGGUCAGCUUGAUUACUGGAUUGAUAAGCUUAAUAUCAGCAGAGAAAGUUAAUUUUGGAGAGCUCGUCGCAGCUUGUAAGAAUUUUGGAGACCUUGGUCGAUUGCUAGCUACUGUUUCCCUAACAGAAUUUUGUAAUCUCACUAGAGAUGUAUUUAUGUAAUACUAGUAAUUGAGAGCAAUCAAAAAAAAUAUUAUGUUGAAUGAAUAGAAAAUUAUUUCAAAUGGUGCUUGUGUUUUGACAACCAAA